GAGAGUCGAGAACCUGAGCUCCUUGCUAAGCUGCAACUUUCCUCUACUAGCACCAUGGCCACCCAGACCUGCACCCCGACCUUCUCCACUGGGUCUGUCAAGGGCCUCUGUGGCACAGCAGGCGGCAUCUCUCGGGUGUCUUACAUCCGCUCUGUGGGCGCCUGCAGGGUCCCCAGUCUCGCCGGUGCCGCGGGGUACAUCUCUUCUGCUAGGUCGGGCCUCUCUGGCCUUGGGAGUUGCUUGCCUGGCUCUUACCUGUCUUCUGGGUGCCACUCCUCUGGCUUUGUGGGGAGCGGGGGCUGGUUCUGCGAGGGCUCCUUCAAUGGCAGCGAGAAGGAGACCAUGCAGUUCCUGAAUGACCGCCUGGCCAACUACCUGGAGAAGGUGCGUCAGCUGGAGCGGGAGAACGCGGAGCUGGAGAACCGCAUCCGGGAGUGGUACGAGUCUCAGAUCCCAUACAUCUGCCCAGACUACCAGUCCUACUUCAAGACCAUUGAAGAUUUCCAGCAGAAGAUCCUGCUGACUAAGUCUGAGAAUGCCAGGCUGGUCCUGCAGAUUGAUAAUGCCAAGCUGGCCGCUGACGACUUCCGGACCAAGUACGAGACAGAGCUGUCCCUGCGGCAGCUAGUGGAGGCCGACAUCAACGGCCUGCGUAGGAUCCUGGAUGAGCUGACCCUGUGCAAGGCUGACCUGGAGGCUCAGGUGGAGUCCCUGAAGGAGGAGCUGAUGUGCCUCAAGAAGAACCACGAGGAGGAAGUCAGUGUGCUCCGUUGUCAACUUGGGGAUCGACUGAAUGUGGAGGUGGACGCUGCUCCCCCAGUGGAUCUCAACAAGAUCCUGGAGGAUAUGAGAUGCCAGUACGAGGCACUGGUGGAGAAUAACCGCAGAGAUGUGGAGGCCUGGUUCAACACCCAGACCGAGGAGCUGAACCAGCAGGUGGUGUCCAGCUCGGAGCAGCUGCAGUGCUGCCAGACGGAGAUCAUCGAGCUGAGACGCAGGGUCAACACCCUGGAGAUUGAGCUGCAGGCCCAGCACAGCAUGAGGAAUUCCUUGGAAUCCACCCUGGCGGAAACUGAGGCCCGCUACAGCUCCCAGCUGGCCCAGAUGCAGUGCCUGAUCAGCAACGUGGAGGCCCAGCUGUCUGAGAUCCGCUGCGACCUGGAGCGGCAGAACCAGGAGUACCAGGUGCUACUGGACGUCAAGGCCCGGCUGGAGGGCGAGAUCGCUACCUACCGCCGCCUGCUGGAGGGAGAGGACUGCAAGCUUCCUCCCCCACCUUGUGCCAUGGCAUGCAAGCCUGCUAUUAGAGUUCCUUCUGUCCCCCCGGUGCCCUGUGCCCCUGCUGUGCCCUGCACCUCGGCUCCCCAGGUUGGCACUCAGAUUCGCACCAUCACCGAGGAGAUCAGAGACGGGAAAGUCAUCUCCUCCAGGGAGCACGUGCAGUCCCGCCCGCUGUGACAGCCCACUUUGGUCCACCAGGGCAGGGCCCCGACCACAGGAAGGAGGACACCCCUGUGGCUUCUGGCUGCUUAACGACCCUGCCCUUCCCUAGAGGGGUCCCCCUAUGCUUAGCAGGUUUUUCUACUAAAAAUACUCCCCUUAUUGUGUUUCUGGACUUAACUGUGCUUUUACGCCAUGCAAAACUGGUUUCCUGGACAUUUACCCAAUAAAGUAUGUUCUCCUGGCAUAGCAAACUCAA